UUCGAUGGUCCGCUGUGUACAAAUCGCGAGCUGCGCCGUGAGUACGUCGCGGAUAAACACCGGCUCCUCCAGCUAAAAUCGCGCUAAGACUGCAUAGCUCCUCCAUCGAAUUCGAACGGUGGUGCAGUGUAGGUGUGGUGUCGUGGUCAAGGGUAAGCCGACACUUGCCCCAGUUUCGAGCCCAGAUCGGUGCUUCUUCGAUUGUGACCGUGAAAGUGUAUUAGUGUAAAAUGUUAAAAUUAAGUUAGUGCUUCGUAAUGUUGUCGUACAUGCUACCAGUGGACGAAAAACCGCCACCGGCUCCUAACAGAGGACACAUGCAGUUACCUUUGGCUUCUGAAACUCUAACAAACGGUAGAACUUCAAGUCCUAUCAGUAAAGAAACAAGUGUUAGCAGUUUUGUUAGCGAUGUGACAACAGCAACAGCUAGUCACAGCUCUAUGACGCCUACAAGCACCAGUGAUAAAGGAAAGCCUAAGUUAGUUAUCAAUGGAGGAAAGCACCAAACACUGAAAAGGGUAUCGUUUGGUAGCUCCAAGGGGUCCAUGGUUGAAACGCUUAUUUUUGAAAGUCCUGUCCAAGAAGAACCCGAGCCGAGUCCGAUUCCUGAAAAUGCAAACCCUUUUCCUACAGAUCAAGAUCAAACUGAAACCGAACGAGAAAAAGUGCGAGUGACGUUCUUUCAACAAUCAAAACCUCAAGAAGUCGAUUUACCGGAUGAACCUGUCGUUUUUACCGACGCUGAUUUCAUAAUGGCCACCACGGUAGCUAUGAAUGAAUCGAAUCAUGUCGUCUACAAUAGGACGGAAAGUACGGAAAGCGGCUGGGAGAACCCCUUCCGACCUGGCGGCGACUUGAGUCGAGAGGCCGACGAGAUAGUAGAAUUAAUAAAAGGGGGCAAACCGAUAACGCCUACACCCGACAGUUCGGCGCCCCCUUUACCCUCCUUAGACGAAACCGAUACGCAAAAGAACCAAACAGCCAACAAUCUAUCGGAACCCAUAACACAAAGCCCGAAGAAAGCCAGCGAACUGAAUGCCACCCCGAAAAGUGCUAACGGCAACGUCAAAAACGACAAACCCAACGCUCCAGGAGCCGUCGACGUUAAACGAGGGACGAUUAAACCAGACGGAGACGUCGAACACGUUACGAUAAAAAAGAAACCCAAGUGCAAGUGCUGUGUUAUACAAUAACUGCUGACAGAUAGUCAAUAGACUUGUUACUGUUAAAUAUUUUAUAAAAAAUAAUAGCAAGGUGUGAGUAAAAACGAUUCGGUUUUGCGAGAUGGUGGUGCUAACUGUGAUGUUUUUAGUACAAAAAAAGCAUCUGAUGGCCGAUCGACCAAUUCGAUAAAAUCUUCCACACAAAGCAGUUUUCAACCUAACGAAAGUAAAAAAUUGCAAACAAAACAUAUCAAUCCAGUAAUAAUUUUGUUGCAAUUAAAACAGUCGAUCAGUGGAUCAGAUAAUCGCCCAGAAGUACACGAAAUAAUCAAAAACUGCAACCGAUUUCAGGAUUUUCGUUGAGAAGAAACGAAACCGAAGGUUUUUACGCCACCCAGAGCUGAGAAAUGCUUACCUAUGCUUUAACCAGUCACACAAAUACUAGUGGUGCAUGUUCAAUCUCUACUUAAUUUUCAAGCAAUACUGAAUAUUUAGUUGUAUGGCCAAUAGGAAUUGUCCGCCUUGUCCGUGACAGAAAGUUUUAAAUUCGACUCUAGUCAAAAUUAUUUUUGUGAUUGUAAACGGACAAGGUGGAACAGUGUGGUUAUUGGCGCUGUUAUUCUACUAAACGAAUGUGAUUAUAUACAGUUAUAAAAUUUACCAUAUUUUUACAUUGUAUUAGAGUUGUUUGUGUUUCGCGCUUAUUUCUUCACGGUUGUGGGAGUUUUCUACAGAUGAGAUAAACAAACACGGAAUAUGGGAACACAAACAGCGGUUUAUAUUUAGUUUAACAUUUGUAUAAAUAUACAAUGAGUCUAGAAUGGAUGAUAGUACAAGUAUUUUUUAUAUAUUUUAGCCUUUCAUCAACAUUUUUACUACUGUAUGACAGAAAUUUCGGAUUAACGGUGUAUUCAGUAGCGAGAUUUAGUUGUCUAUGUUUUACUAUUUAACUUGUAAAUGUUCUAUAAAUAGGUGCGACGUUCUAGUUAUUGUUGUUAAUAUUAUUUGUUGUGUUUGUGUGUCUGGAAUGAAAGUCGGAAACAUCGGCAUUAUUUUUGGUAAAAAAUAAUACUUGAUAAAGAUAAUUAAAUCGUACCGGAACGAUCAGACGGUUGGUAAUAAGUUUCAUUAGUGAAAUUUAUUUGGGAAACACGAAUUGUGCAGAGAUUAUUUAAUAUUUUUAAAUAUAAGUACAUAACGUCCCUUGUUUAUAUGUGUAUGUAAAGAUUGCAGCUUAUAAUAUGCUUAAGAUGUAUAGAUUUUAGAUUGUAAAUCGAUCAUGUUUGUUUGAAGCACUCCAAACUCUUUUUUAAUGAUAUUUUACAUGAGGAAAUUUUUAUUAAUAUAUUAUUUUAAUCUUUUGUGUAUUAUAUUGUAAUAUAAAUCUAAUUUGUAUACCAAGCCGCAUAGCAUUAAAUAAUUUGUGAUGUCACAAAGUAA